AUGAAAGAUAAAGAAAAUCACUUAUGUCAAUCUGAACUUGAUAAGUUAAGUCCCACAACAUGCAUCCCUUUUGAAGAUUCAGAUGUUCAUCAACUCAAUGUUUCUGGCGUAGGUUUCUUCGAUGUUUUAUGUGAUAGUCAGAUAGCUGGUCCUGGAUGGAUUGUAAUACAACAACGAGUUGGGGGAAAUGAGAGUUUCAAUAGGGAUUGGGCAACGUAUCGCAAAGGUUUCGGUUCUUAUAAGAGUGAUUUCUUCCUGGGACUCGAGAAAAUUCAUCGUAUCACGAGCUUGCAGCGAUUCGAACUUUAUAUACAUUUGGUUGCUGUGAAUGGAAGUGUCUUCUACGCUGGUUAUGACGACUUCAAAAUAUCUGAUGAAGACAAUGGAUACGCACUGAGUUUGGGUAAAUUCAGCGAAACUAUUUUUAUAGAUUCGAUGAGAUACGCUGAAAACAUGAAAUUCUCAACAUUCGAUCGUGACAACGAUUUUGGCAGUGGCAAUUGUGCAGUUGAGUUCAAAGGUGGCUGGUGGUACAACUCUUGUCAGCUUUGUAACUUCAAUCAACCAAAAUUGUUUCACCCAUUGUUUGACCUGAAAGAAGCUAAGAUGCUAAUUCGUCCCAAAGAAGCGACGAAGAAGUGAUAAACUGAAGUUAUAAUUUGCUUUUUAAUUAAUCUACGAUUAACUAUUUAAAGUAUCGAUUUUUUUAAUUAAACUCUCAUCAAAUAGAUUCAUCUGCCGCUGGUAUAAAAAACAUAUA